UUGGUCAUACAAAAGUAUUCUCUAAACAUUAGAAAUAAGGUCUAUAAUGUAAUGUAAUAUUAGUGGAAAGUGGGGAUUUAUGGGCUAAACGUGAAAAAGGACAUUUUUGUUGUGUUUUUAAAAUAGAUCAUAUUUUGCCAUUACCAGGGCUGCAGAUGUUCAAAGAUGUGAAGAACUACAGAGUGAUAUGCUGUGGAGGAGACGGCACGGUUGGAUGGGUGCUUGAGACUAUGGAUAAAGUGCAGAUGGACACUCAGCCAGCCGUGGGAGUGAUACCACUGGGCACUGGCAACGACCUGGCGCGGUGUCUGCGGUGGGGAGGCGGGUGGGUACCGACAGAAUCAAAUAUACAAACACAUUAUUGCAGCUAUAAGUUAGAAACAUAAGA